AUGCCACUGUCUUUCUCUCAACCAUGCUCCUCAGGGGCACUUCUGCUGCUGGUGGUGUCAAACCUCUUUUUAUGGGAGAAUGUGGCCUCUGUGCCUUUGAAUAGCAGUGAGAUUGAUGAUGACCAACUCUACCUCAAGGAACUGUUUGAUCAUGCCAUGGAAGUGUCUCAGAAAAUCAGUAAGCUCAACAUUGAAAUGCGUAGGAUGUAUACUGACAGUGAGUUCUCUGAAAAAUUCCAACAUAAAUUUGUAAGUACCUCUUCAUCAUCAGAGUCAUAUGACCAAUUCAUGCUUGAGUUUUUUGAGGAUCAGGAGUUUCUGAUCAAGCAUCUCACCUGCUGCCACAAUUACUCCAUGAAAACACCAGAAAGCAUGGAAGAAGCCCAAAAGAUCUCUCUUCAAGACUUUCCAAAACUGAUACUCAGUAGAGUGCGGGCUUGGAAUGACACUCUUAAAAACUUCUUGACCAUACUCGGAAAUAGGCCAGGAACACAUAAUGAUGUCAUAUCAUUAGCCAAAGACAUUGAGAGAAAAAAUGAAGAGCUUUCUGAGGACACCAAGAAAAUACUCAACUCUGUUUAUGACACAAUAGAAAAUGUGGAUUUUACUGUAUUGACUGGUCUUGAAGACUUGCAAUCAUCUGAUGAAGAACUUCGUCAUUUUGCUCUUUGUAAAUUAUCCUAUUGCUUGCGUGUAGAUAUGAAUAUGGUUGACAUUUGUCUCAAGCUUUUAAGGUGUGUGAUACUUGUUACAAGUGACAUUUGCUUAUCCCCAAGAGUUAGAAAUGAUUCAUGA